GUGGAAGCGGGAACAGGUUGCUUGUGAGAGCCGAGUUCACACCCCAUUACCUGGAGCCAUUAACACGACCAAUCACAUCCGACCGACAGGGGAAGGAGGGACGGGGAAACACGCUGGCAGUCCAAUCCUAUCGAGACCCGCAAUUCACUCUACACCUGAAUCGCUGCAACGAGACUGGGUUGUAAAGUUUGUGUGUGAAAGAGAGAGAGGAAAACAAAACAAAACAAAAUCUCAGCAGAACCCGUUUUACCGCCGUGCGGAGCGGAGACGCUGGCUGUUCGGGUUCCGCCGCACAUUGGCCCAACUAGAAAGUCCAGUUGGACCGACCGAGGAGAGUGAGAUUGAGACUGUGUGACAGGGGUGGGGGGGGGAAAGAGAAGAAGAUGACACAAGAACACGACAAUAAGAGAGCAGUUUUAGUGCUACAGAAUGAGCCACUUUAUCCCCAGCGCCGUUCCUACACCAGUGAAGAUGAAGCAUGGAAAUCCUUUCUGGAAAACCCCUUGACUGCUGCCACUAAGGCUAUGAUGAGCAUCAAUGGAGACGAUGAUAGUGCUGCAGCUUUGGGUUUACUAUAUGAUUAUUACAAGGUUCCCAGGGAGAAGAGGACAAUACCACCUGAGAGAAGUUCUAAUACUGACUCGGAACACAACAAAAGAUUGCUCACACCCAUGCAUCCCCCUCGUGUUAAAAGGGGAGUACGAUCUGGCAUGCUGCCUCCUUCACAGCCAACAUCAAUGCUGCUUUAUGAUCGUCCAGAAGGAGGCACAAUUCAGACAGGGAACUCCAUGCCAUCUGCAACAGAUCAGCCAGUUAUUUCCACAGUAGACAGCCGAGUGCAACAGCUGAGAGUUUUGCCGGUCAAUUUGGUGUUGCCCAGCCACUCCAUUGGACACGACAAAGUGAAUCAGUUUACAGCACCAGACACCACUGUCACGGUCUCUGUUACAACAGUACCACCCCAUUCCAUCAAAACAGAAUCCCACCCUAAUAACUUCUCGGUGGGAAUACCUCCAGCAACGUACUGUGGUGAGCCUCCCGAGCGCAUUGUCAUCUAUGACCGAAAUAUGCACACUGACCACUUCACGUCAACUGCACCGUCUUCACAAAGGAGGACCCCUGACACCACCUUCACAGAGACGUUCAAGGAAGGCUCUCAAGAGCAGGUAUUUGGCUUUCCUACUGAUCUCCAUAUUCGAAUGCCUGCUUUAGAUUCAGGGGAGUAUUCAUUUGAUAGAAUGAGUACAUUUGAGUAUGUAUUGGAAGCCUCCAAGUCCCUUAAACAGAAGACAGGUGAUGGAACCAUGACAUACUUGAAUAAAGGACAGUUUUAUCCCAUCACACUCAAAGAAGUGAGUGCCAACAAAGAAAUCCAUCAUCCAGUCAGUAAAGUCAGAAGUGUGAUAAUGGUUGUUUUUGGCGAUGAUAAAAUCCGAGAUGAGCAACUCAGGCACUGGAAAUACUGGCACUCCCGGCAGCAUACUGCAAAACAGCGCUGCAUCGACAUUGCUGAUUACAAAGAAAGUUUCAACACAAUUAGUAACAUUGAAGAAAUUGCCUACAAUGCCAUCUCCUUUACGUGGGACAUCAGUGAUGAAGCUAAGAUUUUCGUCUCAGUCAACUGUCUCAGCACAGAUUUCUCAUCUCAGAAAGGAGUCAAAGGGCUACCAUUGAACAUCCAGAUUGAUACGUACAGUUACAAUACACGAAGCAACAAGCCUGUCCACAGGGCACAAUGCCAGAUUAAAGUCUUCUGUGAUAAGGGUGCUGAACGAAAGAUACGUGAUGAGGAACGUAAGCAAUCCCGUAAAAAGUCCAAAUCCAAUGAUGGUAGUUCCCAUAUGAAUACCUUCCAUGAUGCAAAGAUACCCUUGCUCCCCAACCACAAGCAGAUGGAGUCCACUGUCUUCAAAUCCAUUGCCGAUCUCGUCACUCAGCCAGUUCUCUUCAUUCCUGACAUCCAGCAACGUACUGUGCUUGGCUUCCCUUCUGGAGCAGAUGAACUAGAAGGUGAAGGAUCAGGGAUAAAAAGACUGCCAUACUCGCCAGAUGAAGACUUUGGAUCGCCCAAUAAGAUUCUCAGGAUAGAAGAACCAAAGAAAGUUUUGCUUUAUGUCAGGAAGGAAUGUGAAGAGGUGUUUGAUGCCUUAAUGUUGAAAGCUCCUUCUCUGAAAGGCCUAAUGGAGGCAAUUUCAGAAAAAUAUGAAGUACCCCUUGAGAAAAUCGCAAAAGUCUACAAAAAGUGCAAGAAGGGCAUCUUAGUGAAUAUGGAUGAUAACAUUGUGAAGCACUACUCUAAUGAAGACACAUUCCAACUAAAUAUCGAAGAAAUUGCGGGAUCCUACAAGCUCACUCUUGCUGAGAUAUGAAGAGAAUCGACUGGUGGCUCAUUCAGUCCUAAGCAAUUAUUGACUGAGCUAAUGCCACACAUACGAUGUGAGAGCAAAGGAAUGAAAAAAAAGUGUGAAUUUAUAAUAUAAGUACACUCUACGUAAGUCACUAUGAACCUCCAAAGUGAAAGUGCAUACUAUACUAGCAAUAUGCUAUACUAUACUAGAUAUAAGAGCACAGCAGUUAGUUAUUAUAGCUGUGUGGCAGCAGUACUGAGGUACAAUUCCCAGGUGCUCCCUGUGGGGUUUGCACUGGUUGCCUCCCACAUCCCAAAGGCGUGCUGGUAGACUAGUUGGCUACUGUCAAUUGCCACUAGUGUAGGUGAGUGGCAGGAGAAAUGGGGAGAGUUAUGGGCCUCUGAGAGAUGUAGGUUACGAGGAAAUAAGUAGGAAACUGCACUGAUGGGAAUGCUCUGAGACCUAACAUACACUCGAUCGGCCAGACUGCCUACUUCUAUUUUGUUAUGGAAUAAACACUUAAUAAGAUAACAACAAAAGUUAUCAGUUAAUUGCUCCAUAGCCAUGAUCCACACACUUCGUCCAAUAGAUUAUCUGAUUUUUUUUUUCAUUCCUUUAGCCUCCCUAGGACUGUGACAUCAGUGUUGAUUUAAACACAUUGAGAACAGUAUACAUAAAAGAUAUCAACACACUGUAACCAAAGAAAAAUGGCAAUAAAAAGGCUCUUGUUAGUUGUGUACAUAUUAUGUAUAGAUUAUAAAGUGCAUAGCAGUGUCUUUCAAAGCUGAGUGCAGCCUGGGGUUCAGAUAAUAGCUGAUCUUUUUGGUGUGUUGCAGCCUUGUAAUAGACAGCCCAUUAAUUGUGUGUCCUAUAUUUUUAUUAUGGAAGUUAAAUAAGGUUUUGUCUCAAUUCACAUCAUGUCUUAAUUUCAUAUUUCAGAAAUUUACCUUACUUUUUGAAAACUUAAAAACUGCAGGAAUUAACAUUUGAGACAGAGCACUUGAAGAUCCUUUAUUAUAUUUUCACAGUAAUUGCAGUAAAACUCCUUUGUAAAGGUGCUGAACUGCCUUAACUACAGGAGAAUGCAGUGAAUGGCAAAGAAGCCAUAGAAAUAAAGCCAUCUUUGUGUGUGUGUGUGUGUGUGUGUGUGUGUGUGUGUGUGUGUGCGCGCGCGUGUGUUAAGUGCAAUAUAUUAUCACAGAACUAUAUAAGUUUGGACUAUCCUUUAUCAUAGUAAUUUGCAAAACAACAGGUUUACUAAGAAUGAGGGUCUGGGUCUUUAAGUUUUACAAAUGAAUUGUAAUGUUUGAAUUUUAUUUAAACAAAACAACUGCAUUUCUAAAUGUUUACGAUGGAACAAUGCUUUUCUUUCAGAAAAACAGUUAAAGGCAAGUUUAAAACUGUUUUUGGGUUUCCUGGGAAUUUAUAAAGGGUUAUUAAAAAUGCAGUGUUCUUUUCCAGUAAUCUGACAAUUUGAGGCCAGGUUUGCACUUCUUUUGAAACAAGUAGUUAGCUGAGAUGAUGCACUCAUUUCUAACAGUGAUUAUCUGUAAACAGGUCCCUGCGAUCAUAAGUAAAAAUUUAUUCCAGUACAACCCAUAAAUUGUUUUACCGCCAUUGAAUUGUAUCAAGAACUCCUUAUUGUUCUUGUUAAAUGAAGUGUGCACUGAACAGUUACUUUGUACGUUAACCUACGGCAGACAAUUUGAUUUUAAAUUUCGUAACAAUAUAUUCAAUAAUAAUCAGUACUUUCAAAACUUGCCAAUAUAUCUUUAAGGCUGUGCUGCCCACAUUACUGGAGUAACUGCACAUCUGACCCUCUCUACUGAGAUGUCCAAAUAUCUGCCUGUUUACAAGGUGCUGAUGAAGUGCAGACUUAUCAGCUUCCGUUUUAAUUUAGUACUGGUUGUUUUGUUUUCUUUGAAAACCUAAGGCAGGGUCCACCCUGAUGUUUCAGGGUGGAAUUGAGGGAACUGACUAAGGGGCUGCUGGUCUGUGCAAUGCAUCAUUGUGUAAAUUGUGACUUGCAUCGAGGAAGUUCACCCCUAGCCUUGAUGGAUGCUGUGGCAUCACAUGAGAUUCCUUGCUUUAAAUUUCAAUGGCACCGGCUAUUCCACCUGGGGCAUAUUUUGGAUGAUUGGACACUGAAAAGGUCACAUACUCUGCCACAGGGUUACCCCUGUCUAAAUGGAUAAGAGAAUUGUUUUCAAUGGUCUCACCCUGUGGGGGCUAGAGCCGAGAUCCAUCCAAGUGUGUCCCAUGGCCGACACCUGAGCAUUGAGACAUUGCAGAUGAUGCAUCCAGUGCCGAUGUGCUCAAAGGAAGUCCUGGCACUUAGAGUCCACACUUUGCCAUUUCUACACUCACUGACCUUGCAAAGGUUGGGCAGAGACUUCACCUUAAAGGCUCCAUAAAAGUGCCAAUGUAAAUCCAGGGCCUGGGGUGUUGGCUUUAUUUCUGGCCCUUGCAACAAUCACUCGUUAUGGUUAUUAUGUAAGUGAGCCAGCAGGGAUAAACAAACAAUCUGCUGGAAGAACUCAGCGGGUUGUGCAGCAUCUGUGGGAGGAAAGGAAUUGUUGACGUUUUGGGUCGAAACAUCGUCAAUUCCUUUCCUCCCACAGAUGCUGCUCGACCUACUGAGCUCUUCCAGCAGAUUGUUUAUUGCUGCAGAUUCCAGGGUCUGCAGUCCCUUGUGUCUCUGGCCAGCAGCAACGGAGCUUUUCAGGCUACCUUGUCUACUCUGAGUCAGUGGAUCUUUCCCAAUGUGGGGCAAACAGUUGGACUCUGCCACUGUAGAUAAGGAAUAGGAGAAAUAUCAGCCAGAUACCUCCCUGCUAGAAAAACACAAAUGAACAUUGGUUUGGGAAGGCUGUAUUCAACCACAAUGGUUCCAGUGGUUGAAUUUGUACUGUGAUUCAUUGCAUGCUCUUGCAAGAAGAAUGGCUACUGAUUAAAGUAGCAGACACAGAUACCUUUAGCAAUGGGGCUACAUCCAAUAUUACCCUUUGGGAAGAAGAGAACAUUGGAUAGAAAAAGAAUAUUUGCUGAAAAAUUAACAUAUUAUCAUUCUACAGACCCUUUAAUAGAACAAAUGUGGAACGAUGGUGAUAAUGCAAAAAGUUAACGAUGUUCUGCUUCAAAGCUCUUCAUUCGUAAAUCAGCAAGUUAUUCUUCAAAAAACUUUAUGUUUUCAACCACAGAAUUGAGAAAUACUUUAAUAGAGAAAUCCCAACUUGCAAGUAUUUUUGUCAUCACUAUGUAGCAGAGAAUUAAAAAGACAUAAUUUUCAAAGUAUAAAUCAAACAAAAGGAUGAAAAGGCUUAAGUUAAAUUCACUCUUUGUUAAACAUAUUUUUCACUUACUAUGCCUGAUAAAUGAGGCCCUGGCCUUUAAUAGCCAAGGAAAAGAACUAUUGCAGGUUUGUACAGUUACAUAGGGAAGAACUCACAUCUAUGUAUGUAUAUUUUUGGUAAGAGGUCGUACUACAGUUAAAUAUCAUUAACAUAUUCCAGAUAAUUAUAAUCUAGUUUGUUUCAGAAUAAGAUGGAACAGGGCUUUUUGCAGCUACUUUUAUUGUACCACUGAAAAUGUUUCACUGAUUUUGUUUUGAUGUGCAUUCAAACCUUAUUGUAUACCAAAGGGAAUAAAUUUUAUAUGGACAUUU